GUCAUAAUCUCAGACUUCUUCUUCAACCUCUCAUUCCUUUCUCUCUCUCUAUAGAUUCUAGUAAGUAAUAUAAGGGAUCGUCGCAGUUUCCAAAGACAGCAACAUCUCACCAACUUGGGGAACCGGAACAUAAUAUGGACUCUUCCUCUUCUUUCUCUCUCUCCAACCACUCUUCUUCCUCUCCUCUCUCCCUCUUCCACCCCUCCUUCACCGACGCCGCCGAUGUCCGAUCAACUAACCUCUCCAUAUUCACCGGGGUCCCCAAGUUCGAGGACUUCCUCGGUGCCUCCGCUGCAACUGCACCCACCGCCACAGCACCAUGUGCACCACCGCCCCCGCCCCCGCCGCCGCCGCAGCUUGCUCGGUUCUCCACCGACAACAACGGCGUCGUAUAUGACUCUGAGCUGAAGACAACGAUAACCGCCUGCUUCCCUGGCGGUUUCGGCGGCGGAGCUGCAACUGGCGCUGAACUGAGUCAGAGGCCAUCUCCAAAGAAAACUGUGGACACCUUCGGCCAACGCACCUCCAUCUACCGCGGAGUCACAAGACAUAGAUGGACAGGGAGAUAUGAAGCUCAUCUAUGGGAUAACAGCUGCAGAAGGGAAGGGCAAAGUAGGAAAGGAAGACAAGUUUAUUUGGGUGGCUAUGACAAGGAAGAGAAAGCGGCCAGAGCUUAUGAUCUCGCUGCUCUCAAGUACUGGGGUCCAACCACUACCACCAACUUUCCGGUUUCCAACUAUGAGAAGGAGCUAGAGGAAAUGAAGAACAUGACAAGACAAGAGUUUGUUGCUUCUCUAAGAAGGAAGAGCAGUGGAUUCUCUAGGGGGGCGUCUAUAUACAGAGGAGUGACUAGGCACCACCAGCAUGGGCGAUGGCAGGCAAGAAUAGGCAGAGUAGCCGGAAACAAAGACCUGUACCUUGGCACUUUCAGCACGCAAGAAGAAGCUGCAGAGGCUUAUGACAUUGCAGCAAUAAAAUUCAGAGGACUCAACGCAGUCACCAACUUCGACAUGAGUCGCUACGACGUCAAGAGCAUUGCUAGCAGCACCCUUCCCAUCGGCGGACUAUCAAACAAGAACAAGAACUCCGCCGAUGACCCUGUCGUCAGUCAACCACCACCACCACCACCGCCACCUUCAAGCUCCACCCUCAGCUUCGCCAUUCCCAUCAAACAAGACCCGUCCGCAGAUUACUGGUCCAUCAUAGGCUACUCCAAUAACACACAGCUGGAAAGUGCCAGGGGUACAACUGUAAUUGCACCAGCAGCAACCUCUUUUCCUCGUCCCAACAACAAUGGCAAUGGCAUGAUGGACUUCUCCGCUGCCCCUUCAGCGGACGGAUUCUUGAACGGAGGAGGGAUCUUUGUUCAUCAUCAUCAACAAGAGAGUGGUGGUGGUUCAUCACCAUCUUCGGGUGGUUCUUCAAUCCCAUUGGCAACGCCAAUAUUUACCUUAAAUAGCAACAAUAAUUAUGAGAACUGGAUUGGGCCAACACUGCACACAUUCCAAGCUCAUGCAAAACCCAGUCUCUUUCAAACGCCAAUAUUUGGAAUGGAAUGAGAUCAUGCACGGCUACACUUCAAAAUGAGAGAAUGAGAAUCUGUGCAUAAUAUAAUGAUGAAAUCCUCCAAAGAAAGAAAGAAGGACUUGAUUCAGUACUGACGAAUCAUAAUUCGCUAUAACUCUGCUGACACUCCUACUAACACACAGUUUCUUUCUUUAUGUCUUGCAUUUUCUUUUAAUCGUUUUCGCCUUUAGCUUUUCUUAGUUCCUUGUUAAUAUACUGACAUGAUUUAUGAGUAUAAUGGGAAAAAUAUUUGCUUUUGCUUCGUGAAA